AUGAACUCCAACACAAGGACAAAUGUGAUUUCUUGUUUUUCAGGCUUUCAGGUGCCAUUGGUGAUAUCAGUUAUUGAGCAGAACAGACUACUGUCCAUUGUUGCCCUCAUGGCUUUGAAACAACUGCUAAUCACCUCACUGGUGUUGUGUUACCUGAUUCAAUACGGUAAGUUACACUUUUUCUCAUCUAUUAUUUGUGCUACAUAUUGUAUUGAAUUUCAAGUGAUGUAUUUUCUCAAACACAUAUCUAGAUAGUUAUCCCCUAUGAGUAGUAAUUUGUUAGAUUAGCAGGAAAUGUUUUACCACAUCAGGGUACCAGCAGAGCCUUAUAUAGACUAUGAGUCUGGGCACCAUGGCACUGGCAUCACACUGACCACAUCAUCCUUUUCCUCUGCAUUCACAGUUGCAUGUUUCUGCAAUGUCACCUGCACCACAGACUACAUGACAUCCCUGAACUGCUCCUGCUCAGGCACAGUGCCCUCAUCUCCCAUUCUCCUUGAGGCAGAGUGCAGGUACACACUGUUCUCUGUCACUGCUGUGCUUCUGGCCUUGCUCCGAUAGGUUUAAGAGAUCACGUUUAUACAUGUUUAUGUACUGUAAAGUUUAAACAUUUAAUUUUAAGAAAAACAUCUGAAUGUUACAUCAACCUUUUCAUAUUUGUUUUUUGUUUUCUCACAAAAGCUGUAUUUGAAUAUUAUAAUCACUCUUCUCUCUUUUCAGAGAUUUUGACGGGCAAGUGAAUGAUAGCUGUGAAAUAACACCCUCACAAAGCUGGUGCAUAAUACAACCAGAAGAUUUUUACAUGUACAUAUCCUCUGACACUACUUGCACUGCAAGAGUAAAGCACACAGGAAAAGAAGACAAAAUGAAAACGGAUGACUCAACUGACUGGAAAUUGUAUCAAUUAGGUAAGUGGAGUAGGCCUAUGUCUUAGGAUGGUUGGUACUUUCCCCUGAACAUCGCCUCUGAUUCAGUGACAAGAUAUGACAUGAAUAAGAAGUGUUUAUCAUUAGCAGUAACAUAAUCUUAUCAACCACUUACUGGAUUGAGUAUGGUGUCUUAAGACCUAUUCUGCUGUGACACAUUUUUAUCAACAGUUUUGAACUUUGCACAGCUUUGAAAUGACAGUGUUGAACAGUCUUUACAAUGAGGAUUGUUGUGUGGUGGGGACUGUGUGUCCUGGGUUCUUAUGUAUCACCCCCAUUUGAAAGCUAAUAUGGUACAAAUGAUUGAGCUGUGUGCACUUGAAUCCAUGCCUUUUUCAUAUAAUGGUUCCAACCCAAGCUUCUCUGCCUUUUCUUCCAUAGUGAAGCCGCAGCAUCCUGUCAAUGUGCAAGUAACAGAGAACAUUGACAGCUACAACAUCACUUGGCAGAUGGAUGAAAACACUUACCUUGAUAAACUGUUCAUGUACAGGGUGCGGAUUAGAACAAAACAUUAUUUAAAGGUAAACUAAAUAUAUUUGCUAUGUUACAUGUUUCCAAUAAAAUGUUACAGUAUGUGAAAGACCAGUUCCCUCAAACUGUUAAAUAUGAGUUUUUCUUUUGACCUACAGGAUCCAGUCUAUUACCCUGUAAGAGAGGACCGGAGGUACCAAGUGCUAAACAACCUUACACUGCAACCAGGAACUGACUAUGUGGCAAAUGUCCAGGCCUCAGUGAACCCUGUGUCCAACUACCAAGGUCCCUGGAGCGAAUGGAGCUCCACCGUAGAAUGGAGGACUACAGGUACAUCAAUGCAGCAAGUUGAGAUUUUACUGAUCUGCGUUACAUGCUCUUCCUGGAUAUAUUGGAUUGGGACUUCAUUUUUCAGGUUAUAGUAAUGUAUGAAAUGGAGUAAAAUGUUUAUCUCUUUCUAUACACUAUGUGUAUAUUUACAGAAGGGGAUGAUAAGUUUUGGUGGCAGUGGCCCGUUUUACUGACCAUUGUCCCCUGUUUGAUCCUGUGCUGCCUGUGCUACCUCUUUAAAAUGUGAGUAUGCCUUAUUUAUGAUCAUUCAGGCAACAGUAAGUGUUUGCUAUUGAACAGUGUUUUUAUACAGAUAAGCAUUUUUGAUCAGACACCAACUUGUAUCCUCAAUUUCUUCAGGUCUGCCAAUAAAUCACAUGUUCUAGCCUGGUCACCAUCAUAUAUGCUAUAUCCAACUUCUCUGACUUUCGUCAGAUGCCUUGAACAAACACAACAGUUGGCUAAAGCACAAAUUGAUCUGUGAACAGGCUAGAAAUGUUCAGCCUCUUGGUGUUUUUACAGAAAGCGUGAAUAGACUACACUUUCCUGACAUAACCUCCCACAUACACAGACACCACAGCUGAUGCUCUUUACUUGCAGAUACACCAUGUAGAUAUAGGGGUUAGAAGACACAGGAAGUCAGAGCUGCUUCUACAUUAUUAUUACACCAAACCUAACCAACGAUAGCACGGUGGAAGUGUCAGACACUCUAAAUGACACCAUUUACCCUUUAAAACAUAUUAUAACACCUGCAUAGAGAAAAAUUCCAUCCUCCCAGAAAUGAAAAGUGAAAGAGUAUUUGUGAAGACCUGAAUAGUUCUGCUUAUGUCACCUUCACAUGCAUUACAUUCACAUAUCAUUUCCUUUGUGAAAACAUCUUUGCCUGUUUGUCACUUUGCCUCUACAUCUCUUCCCUGCAGAUUGUGGCCGAAGAGGCUACACUUGAUGAACUAUUCCCCAAGCCCAGAGGACUUUUUCAAGCCUCUCUACCACACAUAUGGAGGGGAUUUUAAGGUAAAAAUACAGGCAAAACUAAAAUAACUCAUUGUGUAUGCGGGACUUGUUCUAAACCCCUCCAGCAGGUGUUGCCUAUAGGGGGAACUUCAGCAUGGCCAACAAUGGGACUUUCC